AUGGAACAGCAGAACAUCACCAAUGUCAAGCGCGCCUACAGAUGUGGCAGCUGUGGCGGCAGCUUCGUCUCACUCAUGGCCCCCGUCGUCCCACUUGAAUCCCAGCCCACAGGACCCAUUGAUGUCAACCAGGCUUUCUUGUUGGUGUGGCUUGGCUCUGCCCAGAACAUCCCUGGUGAUGGCACCUAUGCGCCCAUCCUGGCCUGGUCCUUGACUGGCAGCCUGAACCUCGCUGCUGGCCCUGUUGUUGUGACCACUGGCAAGUACAUGGUGGCCUUUGCCUCGCAGUAUGAAGUUGGCGCUGCUGUCACCUUUGCUGCGUUGGGCGCCAACAACGCUGGCCAGCGCUCCAUCCAGAUCAUUCUCAAGCGCAGCACCAACACCUACAUCAUCAUGCAGGACACCAAGCAGCCAUCAGCCAACUUGGCGAUCCCCAUGGUCCUCUACACACAGACCCUUGGCAACUUCAUCACUGGUGAUGAGAUCUGGGUGCAGGCCUCGCAGACCAGCACCGUUGCCCUCCCGCUGGCCAUUGGCGUGGCCACCAAGUUCCACGUUCAGCCCUGUAAUGGAGCCUCCACUGCCUAA